AAUCCAGGUGAAUCUUAGCCCUUGCAGCUCACAAGCUUGUCGUGAGGUGCGCCGCCUUUUAACAGCCUUCCAGGAACGUUUCACCACUACCGCCAGUGAGCUGUCUGCCGCCCAUGCUCAGCUUUCUGAGCUGCAGGCUGUGCUCUCGGCAAAAUGCCGGUUAGAUGAGAGUGAUGCUCCCCAAGCUCUGUCAGGCCCUCUUGAGGCACUUGGCGAAGCUACGACCGCCUCGUCAGGGCCAUUUGUGGCCGCCUCAGAUUCCAGUGAUCACAUACCCAAUAAAGCAGUGGCUAUUAUUGGCAUCACACAUGGUCACAUCCAAUCUACUCUCAUUAGUCAGCUACGCGUCACUCUCGUGCAACUUUUCGAAGUGGUUGGGAUCAACGACUGUGAGGCUUCAACCUGUCGACGGGCGCUCAGUCUGCUAGAUCAGUUAGAAGCCUGGGUGGCCACUCGACUUGCCAGAGCGGAGGCAAAUGAAUCGCAAUUGCGCACUCGUCUCGUCCAGCUACAGACUUCUCGGGUGUUUGGGCAAACUGUGAGCCAGCACGUGGUUGGAUGA